AUGAUGGAACAAUCACAUGUCUUGGAUGAAGCAUUGAAACUCUUGACUGGAUUAGAUAAUGAUCUAACGAAACGCGCCAAUAUUAUUCAAUAUAUAAGAGCAAAAGGAAAAAUCGCUAUCUUCGCUUAUGCAUCUUUAAUUUGGAAUCCUUGUAGACAUGUAGAGAAGAUUAUUCCCAAUUGUCUUUUGAAUGGUUAUACCAAAGGAUUUAUUUGUCAAGAUUUUAUCUAUCGAGGAACAAAGGACUUUCCAGGUCUAACAAUGGGUUUAAAACCAUGUGAAAAUAGUUUUGUCAAAGGUUAUCUAUUGAUGGCUGGUGUUCAUAAAUUAAUUUCAUUCAUUGAAACUUUUAUCCAACGUGAAACUCCAAUCUGUAUUGAUGGUACUAAGAUGGAUAUUUAUACAUAUGAUUUUCUUCCUAUAAUAAUGCCCGAUGAAAAGACUAUAGAAUGGGCAUUGACUUGUGUUGUCAAUAGUAAUAGUCAAUUCUAUUUACCAAUGACACUUUCAAUUAAACAACAAGCACAAAUCAUAAGUCGAGCUUAUGGAAUUAAUGGAACAAAUUUUCAAUAUUUACAUAACACUUUGUAUACCUAUAGGCAAUUGUCUAUAAUCGAUACAUUUACUGAAGAAAUGGAAGAAUUGUAUGCUGCUGUUAAUAUUUACCGUCAAUAUUUAACUGACUAUGAACGUCGAUGGCUCGAAAGUUUUGAAAAACUGACGACGAAAGAUGAACGAGAAUUAGCGAUCGAAUUACGAAAGACAAACAAUAUUCUCAUGAGACGACAAAAGUUAUUUCAUCGUACAUAUUCGAUAGAACCCAUAGUCACUACCAAAUAUAAUCGAAUGAUAUCUGUCUAA